UAUAUCCAAGCUAGAGUCAAUUUAAAUAGAUCUUCUUCAAUAACCGCAAAAGAAAAAAGAGAUAGGAUUAAAAGGAUAAAUGAUCUACACGAAUUUCUCAUUUUGGAACCUCACAAGUUAAUUACUAAAGCCAACGUCAAUGAGGUUGUAAGAUCUGGAAGAUACUCAACUUAUUCAGCAGACAAAGAAUUACCCCCUUUACCAAUGUCAAAAAAUGAUUACAGCUCUUUCAGCUCCUCUAAAUUUAAACUUAUUGAUUCUUAUAUAAGAAAUCUCAAGUCCCAAUAUUUAUCGCCAAAAUCUUUUAUUACAAACGAUAUCGGUUUAAGAUAUUCUACCACUUUGGAUAGAAUAAGAGCCAUUUAUAUUUUCUGCACAGAAAAAAUUGAAUUGGUUGACACCCCAAUUCAACAACCCAAAAUGGAUGUUAGGUACCAACCAAGCAAUUUAACUCAAGUCUUCAAAAAUCGUCAAGCAAAUAAAUAUGAGCUAACAUGGUUAUUUAAGUUUUUCUUGGAUCAAUUGGGUAUCAAAAAUGAACUUAUUCUUGGAUUUUUAAAAGACCCAUUUUGUGAUAAUAAAGAAAUGAUUGCAAACCAUAUAUGGAAUUCUAUCUUAAUUGAUUUUAAGGAUACAAACCAAGAAGAAUGGAGAUUUGUUGAUUGUUUCUUAUCAAAUUUGGCUAACCCUUUAAGGAAUUGUUUAAUUGAAAAACCAGUAAACUUGGAUGUCAAUAGAUCAACUGAUACCUCUAUUUACUUUUUAAUGAAACCUUUGGAAAUUAUCCACACUCAUAUUCCCUUAUUAAUUGAACAACAACAUAUCGCACCUCCAAUCGAUUCUGAAUUAGCAAUAUCACUACCAGUAUGUCUUUCGAGUUUUUUCAAAAACAAGCUAAAACUCUACAAGUUUAACGUUUCUCUUACAAAAAUGCUAGAUUUGGAAAUAUUUGAAAUGGAAUUAGAAAUUCCCAAACAUAUUGAAGUUUUUGCUUCGUUGAAUACGUUUUCUCUAAACACUGAUAAUAAAAACAAAGAUGGAAGACAAUACACAAUAUGUCAAGUCUAUUGGAAAAACAACUUUAAAUUUUGCAAAAUCAAAGCCGUACUUCCAUUGAAAACAUCGUCUGCGAUUCUUGAAAUUAGAUCUGGUUUUAAAGGUGAACAAAAAACUCUAGAAGAUAUUCAUCCACUUUCGCUCACAGUUCCUCUUUUUCAUGAAGGAAAAGAAAAACAACUUAAGUUUGUUACUCGUUGUCCAACAAUUCAUUGUCAAAAUCAUGAUCUUUAUAUCAAAGAACCCCAAAUUAAACACUUGACUUAUAAUUCUGUUUACAUUUUUAAAGUCUACCAAUUUUUGGCAAAUGGUAUAAAUUCCAAUAAAGAAUAUUCAAAAGCAAAAUUAGCUCUACAAACCCCUAAUGGAAGAAUUAUUGAGCUACGUAACAAAGAUCCAGUCAAACCAUAUGGAUCCUGGGAGGCAAGCACUCAAAUAAGUGAGAGAGGAACUUGGAAAGGUCUUGUUGUAACUGAUGGUGGUGUUGCUUGGUGUGUUUUUGCUGAAUGG